GGGCAGGGGAUUAGAUUGCAGGUUCGUGGAGCUCCAGCUACUUAUGACAGAGCCAGUGAUGAAGCGUCCAUUUCCCGGAUGUGUCGUUCUGCCCAAUGGAUCUUUCAACCAAGCUUCCCCGCUUCAACAAUCUCACAGAGACCAACAGCACAGACACUUCCAACACUGUGACCACCAUCAUCGCCAACCAAACCAGGGUCACUCCACAAGAUUGGGCCAGAGACCAGCCUGACACCAACUCCCUUCUCCAUGGCAUGGCCUUAGCUUGCAAAGCUCUCAUCCUCCUACUCAUCUUCCUGCUCUCCUGUCUGGGCAAUUCAGCUGUCAUAGUGAUGAUCGUCAAACACCGGCAGCUCAGGACAGUGACCAAUGCCUUUAUCAUGUCUCUAUCCCUGUCUGACCUUCUCACUGCCCUGCUCUGUGUGCCCUUCUCCUUCAUCAUGCUGUUCACCCAGGAAGGGGUCUGGAUCUUCGGUGACCGGUUCUGCAUUGCUAAUGGCUUCUUCAACUCCUGCUUUGGGAUAAUCUCCACCCUCACCAUGACGCUCAUCUCCUUUGAUCGUUACUAUGCCAUUGUCAGGCAACCCCAGGAGAAGAUUGGGCGACGUAGGGCCACCCAAUUACUAGUUGCCGUCUGGUUGAUUGCAGUCCUUUUCUCUUUCCCCUGGUAUCUCAUGACACAAGCCAAUGGUCCACUGGUUGUCCACAAGAAGGGGUUCUACCACUGCAUGUACAUCUUCCACUCAGGCAACUCCCGGAUGGGCACCAGUUACAGCAUCACCCUCAUUGUCAUCUGCUAUCUUCUGCCCUUCUCUCUGAUGUGUUUCUGCCACUACAACAUCUGUAAAACGGUCAGGCUGUCAGAGAUCCGGGUCCGCCCAGUCACCACUUACGCCCACCUACUGCGCUUCUACAGUGAGAUGAGGACAGCUACAACUGUAUUGAUCAUGAUUGUUUUCAUCAUCUGUUGCUGGGGCCCCUAUUGUAUCAUGGGCAUCAUCACUGCCACGGGCAACUUCCAUUUCACCCCCAUCAUGGAUACUGUAGCAAUUUUGCUAGCAUGGGCCAAUGGAGCUCUCAAUCCACUUAUCUAUGCUACCAGGAACCCCAAUAUCUCCAUUCUCUUGGGCAGAAAUAGAGAAGAUGGCUACAGGACUAGAAACAUAGCUGCAUACCUGUCCAGUCAGAGCCAUGAGGCCAGGAGUAGGGUGGACAGAAUUAGGGAUCAGUAUGUCAGUCGACAAGGGUCUGGCAGCAGGAUGUCUUCCUCCAGCCCUGCAAAUGGAGAUGUUGCAAUGUGGGCAUGUAGAAACCCAGCUGUGCUCUUCUGCAGAGAUGGACAACCAGAUACUGUGUCUGAGCCUGCCGUACCCAAAUCAGAGACUGCAAAUACAAGCCUUUAGACAAAUUUUUAAAUUAUUCAAUGGAGUUAUAUUUAUAAACAGAGGGGCUUUAAAUUCAAAGUCUUUCUUGAAAGUGCAGAAAUUUGUAGCAGUUUCUGAAAGAAAACUAGUAU